CCAGGAUUGUGGUUCUUCUUUACUGUUUAUGGGAAGAGCAUGCAUUGUGGGUUACUGGAAGAACCUGACAUGGAUUCUACAGAAAGCUGGAUUGAAAGAUGCCUCAGUGAAAGUGAAAACAAACGUUAUUCAAGCCACACAUCCCUGGGUAAUGUUUCUAAUGAUGAAACAGAUGAAGAAAAAGAAAAUAGGGCAUCAAAACCACAUUCUACUCCUGCUACUCUUCAAUGGUUAGAGGAAAACUAUGAGAUAGCUGAAGGAGUAUGUAUACCCAGGAGCGCUCUAUACAUGCAUUACCUGGAUUUUUGUGAGAAGAAUGACACACAACCCGUGAAUGCAGCCAGUUUUGGGAAGAUAAUUAGACAGCAAUUCCCACAACUAACCACAAGGAGACUGGGAACAAGAGGACAAUCAAAGUACCAUUAUUAUGGUAUUGCAGUCAAAGAAAGCUCUCAGUAUUAUGAUGUGAUGUAUUCAAAGAAAGGAGCCGCAUGGGUCACUGAAACAGGAAAAAAAGAAGUCACCAAGCAGACAGUGGCGUAUUCACCACGAUCCAAGCUUGGCACUUUAUUGCCAGAAUUUCCAAAUGUCAAAGAUCUAAAUCUGCCAGCAAGUCUCCCAGAAGAAAAGAUUUCUACUUUCAUUAUGAUGUAUCGAACGCACUGUCAAAGGAUUCUAGAUACUGUUAUACGAGCCAACUUUGACGAGGUUCAAAGUUUUCUUCUGCACUUUUGGCAAGGAAUGCCGCCACACAUGCUGCCCGUGUUAGGUUCUUCAACUGUAGUAAAUAUUGUUGGUGUUUGUGACUCUAUACUCUAUAAAGCAAUCUCUGGUGUGCUGAUGCCAACAGUGUUACAAGCUCUACCUGACAGCUUGACACAAGUGAUCAGGAAGUUUGCAAAACAAUUGGAUGAAUGGCUAAAAGUUGCUCUGCAUGACCUUCCAGAAAACUUACGCAACAUCAAAUUUGAGUUGUCAAAAAGGUUUUCACAAAUCCUUAGAAGACAGACAUCAUUAAAUCACCUUUGUCAGGCUUCCAGGACAGUUAUACACAGCUCUGAUAUCACGUUUCAAAUGUUGGAAGACUGGAGGAACGUUGACUUGAAUAGCAUCACUAAACAAAGUCUUUAUACCAUAGAGGACUCCAGAGAAGAACACCGGAAACUCAUAAUCCAGUUAUAUCAGGAAUUUGACCACUUAUUAGAAGAUCAAUCUCCAAUUGAAUCAUACAUUGACUGGCUUGACACCAUGGUGGACAGGUGUGUUGUGAAAGUUGCAUCCAAGAAACAAGGUUCAUUGAAGACAGUAGCACAACAGUUUCUUUUGAUCUGGUCUUGCUUUGGUACGAGAGUCAUUCGGGAUAUGACAUUACAUAGUGCACCGAGCUUUGGUUCUUUUCACCUUAUUCACUUAAUGUUUGAUGACUAUGUACUUUAUUUGCUGGAGUCGCUCCACUGUCAAGAGAGAGCCAAUGAGCUCAUGAGGGCAAUGAAGGGAGACGCAAACAGCGCUGAAGUAAGGGAAGACAUUGUACUAUCAGAACCUGCAAUUUCCACACCAUCUCCAGAUUCAUUCUCACCGGCUACAUCUGCCUCGGUUGAGAUUUCAGCAACCUCACCUGUCGGGAGCCAGUCCCCUGAGAGUGUUAGUGUAGCGGUCACAACAGGCGCAAUGCAGUCAUACACAUGGUCUCUAACUUACACUGUCACUACAGCUGCUAAUGGAACGGCAGAGAAUGGUCAGCAAGUACCCUGUAUGAGGAGCACACACAUGCCAACUUCUGUCACACACAGAAUACCUGUUUAUCCACAUCGAGAAGAUCAUGGGUUUACAGGUAGUUACAACUAUGGAAGCUAUAGCAACCAAGGGCAUCACCCAAUCACAUCGCAGUAUACAACUUUACCACAUGAAUCUAGUUUAUCUGGACCUCUUCACUACACAGCCUACCACAGAAGUUCCUCUCAGUAUCCAUUUACUGGCCAGGCACGUAUGGAACCCUGUCUGAUGAGUGGCACCACAAGGCUCCACCCAACUCAAGUAGCACCAAGAUGGCCUGAAGUGGCUUCAACCAACACAUGUUAUACAAGCCCAUCCAUGCAUUCUGCGAGAUAUGGAAAUUCAAGUGACAUGUACACAUCAUUGGCCACCCGCAGAAAUUCUGACUAUGAACAUAUGCAGCAUUUUCCUGGUUUUGCCUACAUAAAUGGAGAGGCAACCACUGGAUGGGCAAAAUGAAAUCUUUAUCAAUGGACCUGAUCAGAAUGAAUUUAUGAACUAUAAAAAGAAUUAUAAAUAUGGCAUAGAUGUAAAACUGAACUUGUACAGUGAAUCAGUUUUACAACAAUUUUGUAGCUAAAGAGAAUUUAUUGCUACUGUAGAGCACUAUAUGGGCCAGGCUGUGCCUUUUAAAUGUUAAUAAUUUUUGUUAUAUGCUGCCAUUUCCUGUGAGGCGUCAGCUUCCAUUCUAACACUCAUUAAAGGGACAUAAAAGGGCAAUAUUAACAUGAUCAAAUGUGUUAGCAUGUUUUAUUAUUGCAUAGUUGCUUGCAGAGAACAAUGUGGUUCACCCCACAAGGGGUUAAAUGCAUAUUUAAACUCAGCUCCAGAGCACCAAUGCACUACCUGUUUUGAGCUGAACAAUUAAAGGCACAUAAAGCCCCACAUGUUUUCUUUCAUGAUUUAGAGAGAACAUACAUUUUUAAACAACCUUCCAAUUUACUUCUAUUUUCAAUUUUGCUUCAUUCUCUUGGUAUCUAUUGUUGAAGAAGGAGCAAUGCACUACUGGGAGCUAGCUGAAUGAAUCGGUAAGCCAAUGACAAGAGGCGUAUAUGUGCAGCCACCAAUUAGCAGCUAGCUCUCACCUAUUGAGCCUACCUAGGUAUAUUUUUGAACAAAGGAUACUCAGAGAACUAAUCAAAUUUGAUAACAGAAGUAAAUUAGAAAAUUGUUUAAAUUGUAUGCUCUAUCAGAAUAAUGAAGGAACAAUUUUGGGUUUCGUGUCCCUUUAAGGGCAGCAUAUGUAUAUCCACCACAUACUUCUGUGCAACCAGUUGUAAUAUAAUAAAAUGCUCUAAUGCAUUAGACCAUUUUAUUAUCACUCUUUAUAUGUCCAUUUAAAUAGAUUCACUGGAGAAUUAUUGGAGUAAAUGUUUUGUAUUUAUUUACGUAUAGUUUGAAAUGAUAUGCAGAGUCCUAACCAUUAAUGAAUUUCACAGAAGACUGUGUUUUGUCGGCAACACAAAUUGUAAAUCAAAAGGGGAAUCACAGAUACACUAUUUUGUUUACACUUAUCUUUACUUAGAUGUAUGCACCUUUCAUUGAAGCAAAUUUUUGAAAACGUCAGGUCGCACUAGACUGGACCAUGUUUAUUCUGUACUUACAUGUAAUGUGACUAUUGAAGUUACCCAAGGCUUUGAAUUGUAUCCCACUACUAUAAAUGAAGAUUAUUAUUAUAUUUCCUAAAGGAUCGCUAAACUCAAUUUCAUGUAUGCAUAUGAAAAAAACAGCAAUGGCGUACAAUAUCUUUAUGGAGAAAAAAAAGUUCAGGAAAAGCUGUGUAAAUGACGGAAUUGGUUCUAUUGGUGAAUAGAGACACUGCAAAGAAAAAAAACAAAAAUAUCCACUUUAAAGAAAAAAAAAAACAACUGUAAAGGGACAUAUUAAAGCAAAACUUACAUUAAAGUAUGUUAUUUUUGCAGUAAUGCUCGACCCCACAAGGAGGUUAAACACAUACAUAAAGGGACAGUCAACACCAGAAUUGUUGUUGUUUAAAAAGAAAGAUAAUCCCUUUAUUACCCAUUUCCCAAUUUUGCAUAACCAACACAGUUAUAAUAAUACACGUUUUACCUCUGUGAUUAUCUUGUA